ACUGUGUCAAAGUUGUUUCGACGGGCGUAUUGAGCGAUAGAUCGUAAUUUUAUUUUAAAUUUUUAUCUUGAAUAUUUCCAAUAAACCAUUACUUAUUGUGAUAAAAAGAAUCUAAGCGCCUGUCUCGUCUUAAAGGUGUGCUAAACAAUUCAGUUAUACUUUCGUAACACGUAACAGAAACAAAAGAGCCACUCUUUUGUAAACACUUCUGUUUUAUUUUCAUUUAAAAUUUCGGCUUUUAGGCUUGAUCCGCGAAGAAUGCAUGAGUCAUUGGUGCGUUUCGCGUACGAUAAGCAUUAGUCGGUGUUGUGUGUUGCGGCUCGAAGAUGGCAGACUUGAUUCGGGUGAUGGGGGCGCCGAUCGGACCCCCUGUGAAGGAUAAGUUGGGUUCGCCCUCCACGGAGUCAGAGGAUGGGGGCGGGGACCUGGCCGAGCUGGCCGCGGACCUCGAGCUGGAUGAAGCAGACGGACCCAGCACUAAUGGAGACCGUCAAGCCAUGCUGGCUCCUCCAGAGACAGAGUGGUACCAUGGCCGCCUUGACCGCUACACUUCAGAGGAGCGGCUGUGGGCUGCCAGCAAGCUGGGCAGCUAUUUAGUGAGAGAGAGUGACAGGAAGCCUGGCUCCUAUGUGCUGAGCUACUUGGGCCGCACUGGCAUAAACCACUUCAGAAUAACAGCGGUGUGCGGAGACUACUACAUCGGCGGGCGGCAGUUCGACUCGCUGCCGGAGCUGGUGUCGUUCUACAGCCACUGCUCGGACCUGCUGAAGCGGGAGCGCCUGCUCGAGCCCGUCGCGCCGCCCGAGCCCGUCAACGACAAGAAGCGAGUGGUGGCCAUCCUACCGUACACCAAGAUGCCGGACACGGACGAGCUCACGUUCCAGAAGGGGGACAUCUUCUUCGUGCACAACGACAUGGGCGACGGCUGGCUGUGGGUCACCGCGCACCGCACCGGCGAACAAGGCAUGAUAUUCCGCGAGCUAGUGGAAGACCUGGACGCGGCCAUCGACCCCAACACCGUGUUCCCGUGGUUCCACCCCAACUGCAGCAAGAGCGAGGCGGUUGACAUGCUGGUGAAGGCAGGGCCGGGGAGCUUCCUCGUCAGGCCGUCAGACAACUCCCCCGGCGACUACUCGCUGUUCUUCCACAUCAACAACCAGAUCCAGCGCUUCCGCAUCGAGAAGAAGGGCGUCCGGUACCUGAUGGGCGGCCGCACGUUCGAGUGUCUUGACGCGGUUAUUAAUAGAUACAGGAAGGAGCAGAUUGUGGAGGGGCACACGUUGGGGCAACCGUUACACGCAGAAGGCCAUCAAAUCGAGCCGCAACAGAACGCAACCGGCGCCGCCGCAGAAAAGAUCUACGCCACUCUCCGCGAAUGCCGAGACCAAAUAGGCCUGAAGAAGAUGAAGGGGAUAAAACACCAGGGAUAUCUCAAUAAGAAGUCAGAUAAGACGACCAAGAAGUGGAAAGCGUUAUACUUUGUGUUGUUGCAAGAAGGGACGGAUACGCAUUUGUACUUCUACGAUUCGCCGAAAAGGACCAAGCCGAAGGGGUUGAUUGAUCUGUCGUGCGCUUAUUUGUAUCAGGUCCACGAAUCUCUAUGGGACCGCGAAUUCUGCUUCCAACUAGUCGAGAGAGCUCUACCCUGCCUCUCCACUCACACUCACUUAGCGGCCAAUAGUGCGGCGGAUGAGAAGGCGUGGCUUGAAGCGUUGCGGCCUUUGUGUGUGUCUCAGUUCACACGGCAACAUGGGAAGACGGCGCGCGUGCGCUGGCUGCGAGUGCUGCGCGUGCGCUGUAUGACCGCGCACCGGCUGCCGGCGCGACUGGCGCCGAGACCUGCGCUGAGACUCGCACUGGGGGCCGCACCCGUGGCCCGGACUCGCGCGAAGCCCGCGCCCGACCCGCACUGGGACGAACUGUUCGUGUUCGAUGACGUGCCUCCAGAUGUGACAUCGUUCACCAUAACUGUACAAAACGCGGGGAAAAGGGGAAAGGAAUCUGAGGUAGCAGAACUGACGAUAGAGCUGUCGACGCUAGCCAACGGGGAGGAAGUGGAGGAGUGGUACCCUCUGGCCGGCAUGACGCCCAUCGGCGAGUGGGGGUCGCUCCGACUGAGGAUCCGCUUCAUGCACGAGCUAGUGAUGCCGCGCGAGGAGUACAGCCCGCUGCGGCAGCUGCUGCUGGAGCCGGGGCUGCCGGCCGUGCGCGCGCUGGCCGAGCUGUGCCGCGCCGACCGCCAGCCCGCCGCCACCGCGCUUCUCCACGCGUUCACAGAGUGUGGUCGUGGCGCGGAACUCUCUCGUGAAUUACUACAAGCGGAGGUGAACCGAGAGACGGACCCCAGAGCCAUGUUCCGAGCCGCGUCAUUGGCCACUGCGGUGCUGGACCAGUUCAUGCACGCGCACUGCAAGCCCUUCCUACAGGCGGCGAUAGCGGAAACGGUGCAGAAGCUAAUAGACGCGAAGCAGUCGGCGGAGCUCAACCCGACCAAGAUGGACUCGCCCGAAGACGCCUGCAAUAAUGCAGAGUUUCUAUUGAUGAUAUUGGAUCAGAUAACCCUCUCAAUCUUCACGUCCCCGGAGGCGUGUCCGCGGCCCGUGCGCUACCUGUGCGGCUGUCUGCAGCGCGCCGCCGUCGCCAAGUGGCCCAACGAGCGCUUCGUCCGCACCCGUGUAGUGUCAGGGUUCAUAUUCCUCCGCCUCAUCUGCCCCGCCCUAGUAGAACCCCGGGCCUGGGCGCUCUGCUCGGGGGCGCCGCCGCCGCACGCGCAGCGCUCGCUGCUGAUGGUCGCCAAAUGUCUGCAGAACUUGGCCAACCUCAUCGAGUUUGGGGCUAAGGAGCCCUACAUGGAGGUAGUGAACCCCUUCAUAUUGAAGAACAAGGAGCGCAUGGUGGUGUUCCUGGACCAGCUGAGCGCGGCGCCCGAGCCCGGCGCGUCCCCGCCCAACGCCAACAACAACAGCUUCGAUAUAGCGAAAGAGCUAGCAACCCUCCACCACAUAUGCGUGGCGCAUCUAGCCGAGCUACAGACCAUGGCCAAGACGCAGCCGGCCAUCAGGAAGCUGGUCACCGUCACGGAGAUGCUGACCAAGCACAAGCACAAGUAUCUGGAGAUGAUCAGAUAGGACGCGCCCGGGAUGUUUACAGGGUAAAUGAGGAAGAGUCUCCAGUAAGUUAGAGGGUAUUUAUAACUGGCCAGUCUGCACAGGCUGCGAAGAACGUUCAUAGUCUACAUACAUUUAGUCAUUGGUAGCUUUAGCCCCCGGGAACUUAUCUAAAAUAUUGGGUAACAGACGCAGAAAUACACAAACCUUUUCGGAAAAUAAGUGCCUCUAAAAUUAAGAUUGUAUAUUUAAACAGGGAGUUUGAAACGUGCACUAUUCUAAGAUGUGCCCAUACUAUGUAUAUUCGUAUACAACUUAUACUUAUAAUAUAAUUGUCAAAAGAACUAUUACCCAUUCACACUCAGACCCAUUGAAAUGGUAAAUAGUCCUAAUGAACCAAACUAUGAAAAAGUUUUAUGAUUGUGUGUGCGUGUGAGGUAUAUUACACAAUACUGUUACUCUAAAGCCAUAGCAUUAUUUGAUAGCGCUGUCAAAAUGCUGGCAUUACGAAUCCUACCUUUACAUCUGGUGCGUAAAAACUCCCAUUCCUUAUGAUAUAUUCGGCUUGAAUAUUUUGUCUUUUUUAGCAAAUUGAGAAAAUUAUAAAUUAUCUGUGUGCUUUUACCAAUAUUUUAAAUAAGUUUUACGUCUUAGCUUAUACGGAAUCUAUGUAUGUGUCGUAACGAAUUUAUUUUGAGCUUUCUCGUGCCAAAAUCAUAAUCACACUAAACAUUUUAAUACGAUUUGGUACUCUAAGUUAGAUCAUGUUUAUUUCUAAUAAUUAUUAUAAUAAUUAAUGCUUUAUUUACCUGUAUAAUCUCAGUUAUAUUAAUUAUAAUUUAAGGAUAACAUUAAAAAGCUCUCUAGUAUGUAAGCUCUAUUUAUUCGUUAGUUAUGAUUAUAUUAAACGAACUGAAAAUUAUUAUAAGCUUUUAGCAAGUAGCCAGUUUGGUUUCUCAUUGAGUUUAAAUAAUGCGUUGCAGUUCCACUCACGUGAGUUGAACCCCAUGUAAGGUGGAAUUUGUUAUGCCCUAUAAAAGUGGUGUAGGGAGUAUGCGUCAAGAUAGAUCGACGCCAUUGGUGCUUGCCAUGCCGCUCUGUCGCUAUUCGUCUAUUGCGGCAAAGACGCUCAUUCCUUCAUUAAUGCUCAUGCACAUAGGGUUGCCCUUAUGGUCAACUUACGCGAAUGGAACUGUACUGGUUAACUCACAGUAAUAAUUAUAGUUAAUGGGAUUUCCAGUAAAAGCUUGGAAUCAAUAUUGAUGCUUCCACUGCCAAGUACAUAAUACACAUUUUAAUACAUAUACGUGGAAUUGAUUUUUAUGUCAUAAAUGCGGUUGCAUUGCACUUAUUAAAAUGCAAAUAAGUUAUGAUAAAAUAGGGUUGGUAUCGAUUACUUUAAGUAGUGUAUGUGUAGAUGACCAAUUUCCAUAAAGACAGUCGUAAGCAAUAAAACAUUGUAUAAUGUUAUACGAACUCAAAAUUCUUCAUAACAAGUAGAGAUGCAGUAAAGAUACAGCCAUCUGUAUCAAUUUGAAUGGCGAAAUCGAAUGGGUUUCCAGACCUUUUUUUGCAAGCCUGGACUCUGAUAGACUAUGUAGUCUAGAAAUUUACUUCUCUAAAUAAAUAUAAUUAAUGUUAUAAAACACUCUCAGUUUGUUACGGUCGCACGCUUACUCUUUGAUAAAUUUUGAUUGUGAUAAAAUUUACAGAACUUGUAUCCGUUUAUUAUAAAUCGUAGACUGAAUAUAGUUCUGAUUUAGGACCUGUUUCAGUGCAGAUAUUUGAUAGAUAAUUAUCAAUAAUCUAAAGCCGGUUCUAAACCAGAACUAUGUUUAGUCUAAGGUUUGUAAUAGGGAGGGUAAUGUUCUUUUUAGAAAGUAAUAGUGCACGUUUGUGGUAAAAGCACGUUUUGUAGGCACGAAAUUGAACGGUUCUGUGCACUGCACUUAACUUAUUCUCUGUGAUAAAUAUUAUUGUUCCGGGGAAAAAACGACAUGCUUCAGCAUGGGAAGUGCGAGUUUUACUACGUUCGAUUAGUUGCGAGUAAACGCAAAUUUAUAUGGCGCGGGAGAGUCGCCACCUAGCGGUAUACGCGCUGCACUAGCUUCGCGCCAUACCAAUUUGAGUCGAUUUUCUCUUUUUUUUCUGCUCAAUCGGUUAAGAAAAACCUACACUUAGCCCUCUGGUUAAUGUAUUUGAUUCCAUUCUUUAGUUACACAAUCGCAUUUCAUAUUCUGAUUGUGUGUUAAUAUAUUAUAUUCCUAUCAUGUUUAACUUACUGCUUUCUGUAUCGCAUUUAUUUUAUACUCUUUGAAUUUAUAUUUUACCUGUUGUUUGUAAUUGCGUUUAGACAUAUUUAAAUACAUAAUACCUACUAAAAAAGUGCUAAUCGGUAGGUACGACUCUUGGGAAAUAUAACGAACUAUAAGAUAUAAAUCCAAGUAGUACCUACGGUGCAUAAUAAAUCUUAAUAUUGUGGUGCAUUGAAUUACUUAUUGAAUACCACUUCCAUUCCUUGCUCAAUUUCACUUUUUUUCAAAAUCCUAAUGUAUACUUUCUAGUGCCAUAUUAUUUGUACUUAUACUAUUUUAUGCGUCUUAUAAAAUUGUUUUGAAUGUUUUACUUAUUUAAAUAAAACUUGUAUUAGGAAAGGCCUAAAUAUCAUUUAAUAAAAUUGUUGUAACAGCUCCAUCGAUAUACCGAUCGGUGGUAGGUACUUUGAUACCUACAAAGCUAUAAUUCGUACGGGCUUUAUUUGCCUAAAAGCUUGUUAUCGGCUCUAGCUGACGUACAUAUGUUCCAGACUUUGAAAAACAUUGUUUUCAUUCCAUUAUACCUACCUUUAUAUCAAAAGAAACAGUAAUAUAUAUAUUUUUUAAACCUAAUGUAUAAAGGAUCCCCAUGAUGUGACGUACUAUCUAACUAGAUGAUUAGAAUGAACAAGCACAAUUUUGUGGCUUAGUUAUUCUAAUCGAAUAAUUCGUUCAUUUUUAUUAGCAAUAGAUGGUAGUUGUAAAUGUGAUGUCAUUGUAUUGAAAUUGAAGGCAUGUAUGUUAUGUAGAGCUGGCUAGAAAAAUAAAAUUAAACACGUCUAAAGAUGUAAUUGUGGCUUCCCAGUAUGAUAAUACGAAACUGUGGUACCAACAACCACCAUGGUACAGUUCGGUCCAAAGAACUUGAUAGUUCUGAAGUUGGCAGCUAUUAGACUUUUGUCCUUUGUCUAAAUAACAAACUGUCAAUCUUUGAAAGAAUGAAUAGGUGCUUUGACCUUCAAGUUGUUUGAACCGGACUACAUAACAUAUAACUGUAAAAAAAUAAGACAAAGGUUUAGUUGUAUACCUACCUACCAAGUUAAUUUUAUUUUCCUAGCUAAUUCUAGCUUAUGAUAGGACCGUCUAGACUGAUUUGUGCUCCAAUUAUUAAUUAGAAGAAUUACUUAGAGUAUGUGUUAGGUUCUCACAAAAUUGUUACUAAGAAAGACUGCUAAGACGCAAUUUUCGGAAAAUUUUAAUAUGUUGUCGACAUUAUUUUGGGAAAAUCGUAGGUACGAUAGAGCACAAAAUGUAAAUAAAUACACCUACGUACCUUCGAUUGAUGUGCAUACAUAAAAAGCAAUCGGGUUUUUCGAAAAAUAAAUUAUGUCAUACGCAACACAGUAAAGUUAAAUUAUCUUUAACCGAAGUUUAGUUGAGCCUUCGGUCAGCUUCGGCAAGAAAAAAUAUAAAGAACUAGUUAUUUAUUGGUAAAAAAAAAUACCGAUGAAUAGUAGCCGAGACUACUAUCGAUACGCUUUUACACUCUUACCUACCUACCCAGGUACAUUUUUUUGAAAUCAUGAUCACCAGCUUAGCUUAGCUGUUUUUUUAGUAACAUUUAGCUCAUAUAGCAAGUCGUGCCUAAACUUAACAAAAUGCAAUAGUAUGAUUUAUGCCUGUAACUUCAUGUUGUAUGUAAGUACUAUACGUAAAGCAGCACAUAAAUAAAACUGUCACCCUGUAAAGAUUAUCGCAUUACUUACCAAAUUUUUAUAUUCAGACAAUUGAUUGUCACCUAUGUUACUUAUAAUUAAAUAAACAAGCACAGUAAGACUUACCAGAAGCACUUGUUAAUAUUUCAUAAACUACCUAAAUUAAAGUUUAGUAAAAUAUAGUUUACCAUAAAAGGUUUGUAUUAUAUUAAUUUGCUGUUGUAAAAUCACCCUAUCACACAGGGUGUUAUAUUUUGGUUUCCGAUAUAAAGUAUAUAAAUUGAUACAAAUCCAUUAGUUACAGUCAUAAUAAAAUUUACAUGUUUAAUUUACUAUUUUUGCAAGUAUUUUACUUAAAUAUUAUGGCAUUUGUCUAAAUUUAUCCAUGAGUAAAUUCGCAAGAAAUGGCAUGUUACAUGUAACUCGUAAAAAUCACAUAAGUUUUGAUACAAAACAUUCAAGCCAUAAAUUACCUUGUGAAGUUGCAAUAAAGUACAUCAUGAGUUCAUGACAUAAACUAGGUUUGUACCGUUUUGUAACCAUUUUAUAUUUUACCCCUAGUAGUAGAUAUGUACUGUUUUCUAUCAAAUUUUUAUCUGUACUAGAAACCCAGUCUUGUAUUAAAAUAAAAUUAUUAUGGAUAUACACA